CUGCGCCAGAAGACUGCUCUUUGCCUACAACAACAUCUGUUUUCGCUACACUUUAUUUGCCGUUUCCAAAGCUCUGACAGCCCGGGUAGCUGGAAAGGGGGCAGCACAGCAGAGCUGAUGGGAGCUGAGUGCGCAGAGCCGCGCUCAGGGUCCUGCCGGCUGCUACUUGCAGGCGUUUCACGCACCGCAGCAGCCGAGCCUUCCCCGCUCACUGCGCUCCUACAGUCCUGACAGCAGCCGAGCCUUCCCCGCUCCCUGCGCUCCUACAGUCCUGACAGCAGCCGAGCCUUCUCCGCUCCCUGCGCUCCUACAGUCCUGGCAGCGAAGCUCAGCAACAGCCCCUGGCCAACAGGCAGUCAUCCAUAACACUAUGAAGAGCCUGAGCACUCUCCUUCUACCUGCUGCUGUCUGCUUGCUCUGUCAAGGCUGCGGCGGUUCCGAGGCCGAGCACCGGCUCUACUCGGCCCUCUUCGAGAGCUACAACCAGUUCGUACGCCCCGUGAAGAACGUGUCGGACCCCGUCAUCGUCCAGUUCGAGGUGUCCAUGUCGCAGCUGGUGAAGGUGGACGAAGUCAACCAGAUAAUGGAAACCAACUUGUGGCUGAAGCACAUCUGGAAUGAUUACAAGCUUCGGUGGAAUCCAGCAGACUAUGGAGGUGCUGAAUUCAUCCGAGUUCCAUCUGGCCAGAUCUGGAAGCCAGAUAUUGUUUUAUAUAACAAUGCAGUUGGGGAUUUCCAGGUUGAUGACAAGACAAAGGCCCUUUUAAAAUACACGGGUGAUGUGACAUGGAUACCUCCAGCAAUAUUUAAAAGUUCAUGUAAAAUAGAUGUAACCUACUUCCCAUUUGAUAAUCAGAACUGCACCAUGAAGUUUGGCUCCUGGUCUUACGACAAAGCCAAAAUUGACUUAGUUCUAAUUGGCUCUACAAUGAACCUGAAGGAUUACUGGGAGAGUGGAGAAUGGGCUAUAAUUAAAGCUCCUGGUUAUAAACAUGAUAUCAAAUACAACUGUUGUGAAGAGAUAUAUACAGACAUCACAUAUUCUCUUUACAUUAGGCGUUUACCUUUGUUUUACACUAUCAAUAUGAUUAUUCCCUGUCUGCUGAUUUCUUUUCUGACUGUAUUAGUUUUCUAUUUGCCUUCAGACUGUGGUGAGAAGGUGACACUCUGCAUAUCAGUGCUUCUCUCUUUAACAGUGUUCCUUCUUGUUAUCACAGAAACUAUACCUUCCACUUCCCUGGUAAUUCCCCUUAUUGGGGAGUACCUCCUUUUCACCAUGAUCUUUGUGACUCUAUCAAUUGUCAUCACAGUAUUUGUACUCAAUGUGCACUACAGAACACCCAAGACACACACAAUGCCCGUGUGGGUGAGAACCAUUUUCUUGAACUUACUUCCUCGGAUCAUGUUCAUGACAAGGCCUGCCAGUGAUGAGGAGAACAAUCAGAAGCCAAAACCAUUAUUCACUUCUGAGUUUUCAAACUUGAAUUGCAUCAACGGUUCUGAAACCAAAUGCUGCAAAGAUGGCUUUGUUUGUCAAGACAUGGCAUGCAGCUGCUGUCAGUGUCAGCGCACCAAGUUCUCGGAUUUCAGUGGCAAUCUCACUAGAAGUUCAAGCUCUGAAUCUGUAGAUCCUAGGCUUUCCUUUUCAGUUCUGUCACCAGAAAUGAGGGAUGCUAUUGAAAGUGUGAAAUACAUUGCAGAAAAUAUGAAAAUGCAGAAUGAAGCAAAAGAGAUUCAGGAUGAUUGGAAAUAUGUUGCCAUGGUCAUUGAUCGUAUUUUUCUAUGGGUUUUCAUCCUGGUAUGUAUUCUAGGAACAGCAGGAUUGUUUUUACAACCUCUGAUGGCUGGAGAUGAAAUGUAAAGAUUAAAUAAAAUGUUGUGAAAUCAAAUAAAACUGCCAACUAACUCUGCACCCUCCUCCCAGCACCUCAUGUCUCUUCCAUGUGUAGUAGAACAAGGAUCUCUCUUGGCUUCAACUUUGCUUGACCAAGGCAACUUUGUUCAAAAUGUGGAAAAAGAAAUUAUUUGGAACCUUUAUGACAGCUAAUCUCAGAGUAAUACAAGCUAUGCUUUACAGCUACUUCCUGCAAUAACUGGAGAAGAUGGAGGCAGUUAAACUUUAUAGGAAUUAUUUAAGAAGGGGUUAAUAAAGAAAUGGAAAAUUACAUGAAUAUUCAGAAAGUCAGCAUGGGUUCAGUGCUUUGGACUGCUAGGUUUGUUUCAUAGUCUGGUGCCUAGCCUCCUCAGAGCACGACAGGAUCUUCUGGAAGGAGAUCCUAGUGAGUUCCAUGAAUGCCCUCUUGAGGAUGGAAGUGGGAAGCACAAGUACCAAAGCACUGGAAUGCAGACAUGGCCACCUGCUGGACAAACUGACCCACACAGAGGCAAGAAAGGACUCAGGAGAGGUUUAUUACGAAAGGAAAACAAAUAGGUAAAUAAGAGAUGAUGAUAAUAAAGCAGUCAUAAAGCAAACUGUGUGUGUCCCCAGGCUACAAUGUAUGUAAAGGAUGUCAAGAAACAAAGCUACUCAAACCGGAUGAUGUUUAGAAUUGUGUACAAGUAAAACAAGCAACAAGCUGAUCUGCAAGUGAUGCAAAGAAUCAAAAGACUCUGACAGGAUAGUUCGGAUACAGAGGCAUCCUGCUGUAGUGAAGUGUUUCAUGCCAGGGGAAGGCAGGUAGACAAAAAUAGUCCUGUAAAGUGUGCUUAAAUUGUUGCUUAGACAUAUAUAUCUUCUCUUUUUCUUUAAUCAGUAACUGCAGAUCAUUUAAGAGCAUGAAUAAAUAAUACAACACAACACUGUAAUCUGAUCCCAUUUUGUAAAAAUAUGAACUGUUCUCUCUGUACCAAACUGAAAACUUUGUGGAAAUACAGUGUACCAAGUGAUGUAAUAUUUAUGAAAAUAAAGAGAAUCAAACUGUUGAAAAUUGUGCCUUUUUUUUAAUUUAUUUUGAGCAAGUGACAGAAAUCUAGAUAAGGUAGCAUGACCUACAGUUCAGUACAUUCAGCAUAAGUUACAGAAGUAAAAGUCCAUGCUUCUGAGUAUAUUAACGUUCUUUUGUUUCAGACACACCUGAUAAGCAGAAGACUCCAACGAUUCCAGUGUCCAGCAGUGUUAUGUGAAUCUAUCAUGAUCAGACUAGAAGUCACUAAAAGAAAUCCAUGCAUUUGCAAAAACUGUGAGUUACUGUAGUAAAGAGAGUGACUCCACUGGGCAAUGUGCUGCCCAUCAUGAUAUAACUGGGCACCCUGGAGACACCAUUUAACAGGGGGAAAGAGAUUAAAUGGAAAGUUAAAAAAAAAAA